ACAUAUACAUCUCAUCGACCUUCUGGGGACAUUCCGGGAUUAAAAGUAGUUCAAGGAGAUACUUACAAUAAAGGCACGAUUUUAUUACGACUUAAGCAAAAAACUACGGAUAUAUGUGAACCUGCAAUAUAUUUGCGUCUUUUACACCCAAAUAAUACCUGGACAAUAUUAAAUUUACUUCCUAAAGAAAUAUCUACAGAAAACUAUUGCGCCCCUUAUCAAAAAAAAAGAAGUCUACUAGAAUCUAAUAAGGAGCAUAAAAAGCAUAAAAGGCAUAAUAAGAUUAAGACUUCAAUUAGUAAAGAAUGCUCAUCGACCACGACAAAAUGCACUACGACAUUAACGACUUCAAAAUGUACAACAUCGACCAAGAAAACUUUAAAAUGUACAACAUCGAUCACGACUUCAAAAUGUACAACGACCCCAACGAAGACUUCAAAAUGUACGACGAUCCCAACAACAUCAAAAUGUACUACAUCGACCACAACUUCGAAAUGUUCAACAACAACAUCGGAAUGUACCACUAUCAAUCAUCAUAAUAGCGAAACUUGUACUUCCAAAGAACCAACUAUUCACCCAACUAUUCAUCCAACUUGUACUUCCAAAGUACCAACUAUUCAUCCAAUUUAUACUAAAUCUAAGCAUACUAUUUAUUCAACAAAACCUUGCACAACUAAAACAACUAAAGCAACUAAAGCAACUAGUGGCGAAUGUGGCGGACAUACUAUCACAAAAACCAUAAUAAUCUCGACUGGCGGGGAUGGUGGCGUAACAACUGUCACAAAAACGAUUGGUGGAACAACAAUCACUAAAGUUGUGGGUGACGCAACAACUGUCACUAAAGUUGUGGGUGACGCAACAACUGUCACUAAAGUUGUGGGUGGCGCAACAACUGUCACUAAAGUUGUGGGUGGCGCAACAACUGUCACUAAAGUUGUGGGUAGCGGUGGUGACGGAGGAACAACUGUCACUGAAGUAACAACGAUGAUAAUACCCGUACCUAUGCCUGUCACAAGAACAUUUGAAACAGUUGUCACAGAAACAUUAGUAACUUCAGUUAAUGGAGAACCUUCAACGAUAUUGGUACCUAUCACACAAAUUCAAACUACAACUAUUGGUGGCGGUGGCACACAAACAAUAGUAACUACAAUUAAUGGCGAAACCACAACACUGAUAAUACCUGUGCCCAUCACACAACCAGCUAGUACGAUACCUGCGCCUGGCGAAACAACAACAAUAAUAGUACCAGGACCUAAUGGUGGCGAAAGCACAAUAAUAACUACAAUAAGCGGUCAAACCACGACAGUACCAGUGGCAACCACAAUUAAUGGUCAACCCACAACAGUAUUAAUAACCACUAUAGUACCAGUAAUACCGGUACCUAGCGAAAAUACAAUAGUUACUACAAUUAAUGGUCAAACUACAACAAUUUACUCGACUGUGCCAACUAUACCUUUUAGUCAACCGACGAACGGAGAAACUGUUUCGACUGUAGAAACUACAAUUGGUGGAACUCCAACUACAUUCAUAGCAACCAUACCAACGACCGACGUAAUUGUUUCGACUGGAGAAACUACAAUUGAUGGAACUCCAACUACAUUCACAACAACCAUACCAACGACCGGAGAAACU